GGCGGCGGCGGCGCUGGAGCAUUCAGCUGGCGGCGACCUCUCCUCCUCGUCCUCCUUCGCUCCCAGCCCCGGCUGUGUAAGACUGAAGACCUGAAAAAAUGGCAUUAGCAGCAAUUGAUCCACAACAGAACAUUGUAUCAAGGGUAGCAAACCUUCCUUUGGUGAGCUCCACCUAUGAUAUGGUGUUGACAGCCUACGUUACCACAAAGGAUAACCAUCCCUAUCUGAAGUCAGUAUGUGAGAUAGCAGAGAAAGGAGUGAAGACAAUUACUUCAGUAGCCAUGACAAGUGCUAUGCCUAUCAUCCAGAAACUGGAACCACAAAUUGUAGUUGCCAACAACUAUGCAUGUAUGGGUCUAGACAAAAUUGAAGAAAGACUGCCUAUACUGAAUCAACCCACUGACAAGGUUGUUGCCAAUGCUAAGGAUGUAGUUGUUGGAGCCAGAGAAGCUGUAACAACCACUGUGACUGGUGCCAAGGAAAGUGUUGCUCACACAAUUACUGGAGUUGUGGGCAAGACUAAAGAAGCAAUGCAAGACAGUGUAGAAAUGACCAAGUCCGUUGUUAAUGGUGGCAUUAACACUGUCUUGGGAAGCCGUGUGGUGCAGAUGGUGAGCAGUGGAAUGGACAGUGCUCUCACUAAAUCGGAGACCAUUGUAGACCAGUAUCUCCCACUCACAGAAGCAGAACUAGAAAAAGAAGCUGCAAAAGUUGAAGGUUUUGAAGUUGGAGUUCAAAAGCCAAGUUACUAUGUUCGGCUAGGAUCACUGUCUUCAAAGGUCCGUGCACGUGCCUACCAGCAAGCCUUAAACAAAGUGAGAGAUGCUAAACAGAAAAGCCAGGAGACGAUUUCUCAGCUCCACCACACUGUUAAUCUGAUCGAGUAUGCCAGAAAGAACAUGAAUAGUGCCAAUCAGAAACUUCUUAAUGCUCAGGAAAAACUUUAUCAAUCCUGGGUAGAAUGGAAGAAAUAUACAGGUCAAAAUGAUGGUGAUGAGUCGCAUAGUGCUGAGCACAUAGAGUCAAGAAUUCUAGCUAUUGCACAGAGCCUCACUCAGCAGCUUCAGACCACCUGCCUCACACUGGUCUCAAGCCUACAAGGUCUGCCACAGAAUGUGCAGGACCAGGUUUACAGUGUUGGGUCAAUGGCAGGUGAUGUCUACCAGACCUUCCGGUCAGCAUCCUCUUUCCAAGAACUAUCAGACAGCUUUCUUGCUACUAGCAAAGGACAGCUGAAGAAAAUGAAAGAGUCUCUGGAUGAUGUGAUGGAUUAUCUUGUUAACAACACGCCGCUCAACUGGCUGGUAGGUCCCUUUUACCCACAACUGCCUGGCAUUCAGCAUGCUGAGAGCGAAGGUGAAGGGGAGAAAAAUUCCAGCCAGGAAGACAAACAGCUUGAACGCCCUAUUGAGUAAACUGCAUAGCAUGCAUGUACUCUGCAGACUGACCAAACAAGUGACUAACAACUGUAGCUGUCAAAAAGCUUUAGGGGAAAAAACUUGGAGUGGGGAAGUGAUUUAGAAAGGACACUCUCCUACAAAUGCAUUGCAUUAUCCUGAGUAGUAAAGACACUCUAAAACAAACAGAAGUGCCUAAAUAUUGGCAGCUUACAGUUGUCAAGAUGCCUUGUUUGUACAGUUAAGAAACCUCACUAUGCUUAUUAAUGGUAGUAAUAUACUUACUCUUAAAUGAUCCUUAUCACAGCUGAAAGCUUGUGAUCUGCUGCUCAGUCUCCACCAGAGUAACAUAAAAGCCUUAUGUGCCAUGAAAUGCCUUUAAAAGCCUUGCAUUCUAGCGAGGUACGCCUGAAUUUUGUACUUACUGCAGAUCAUGCAUUUGAUUAUUUUGUGAUGACUGACUCAAAUUGAACUGUUACAUGAUUCAUGAGGAUUCUGUGAGGGCAGAAUUCCAGACUGAAAGUGGGGUUUCUGACUGAGUCAGCUGGAGUUGAAUGCUGUGACAGUGCUAAUAUUAAUGAUAUAAACUUACUAUUGUAUUACACAGUAACCUGACCAAAUCAUUAUCAAAGUAUAUUUUUGACACUAUAAAGACAAGAUUCAUGCUGUUUGUACUCAGGUGCCUGCUGUUGUAUGCUAACUUCUUGUAAUACGUUUUGUACCUUAGUAAUAAAUGCUUCAGCAGCCCAA